CGUCUUAGCGUGACUGAGAUACUGGAGAACGCUCAGAAAGUGUGUAGAUCGUGACGAUAUGUUUGUAAAGACCCAUCCAUAUGGCGUAAAAUCGACAUGCGAAUCUUGAGUUACAACAAACCAGUACUGGUGAACAAUCCUGAGGCGAUAUGUCGUAACGCCGUUGAUCGUAGCGAGGGUGGCUUGCUGGAGAUCAACAUUGGGGACUUCGGGAGUGAUUCUCUCCUUACAUACAUCGCGGAGAGGUUCUCCUCUAAUUCUAGUUUUGACUUUUGAUUACUUUUCAUGUAAGUCUUCAAGUGUCUGUUAAAAACAGAUAUCUCAAGAUUAUGAUUUAUAACUUUUUACACACCAUUACUUGUAGGUCAAGUAAUCUUAGAAGCCUUAGACUAAUGUGCUCAGAAAUAACAGACGAUGGAUUUGUUCAAGCAGUUGUGAAACUUCCAAUGCUUGAAGAGCUUGAGGUUUCAGGAAUAUCAUUGUCAGGAGAGUCUAUGAAACUUGCAGGGCUGUCUUGUCCAAAUCUGAAGACAUUGAUGCUAAACCGCCUCUUUUACUUAAGUUCGGAUGAUGAUGAUCAUGAUGCCAUAGCAAUUGCAGAAAGCAUGCCUAAACUACGCCAUCUCCAGCUUUGUGGGAACAAACUAACCAAAACAGGCUUAAACGCCAUUCUUGACGGUUGUCCUCACCUGGAACACCUCGAUUUACGCCAAUGUAUCAACCUUGUCGGGAAUCUAGAGAAGCGUUGUUUUGAGAAAAUUAAAGAUUUGAGACGCCACAAUGAUUCUACCUCUGCUGAUUACCCGUUUUCUUUUGAAACUUACUAUUUUCAUUGGUCACGCCAAUUGGCAAUACUUAAAAAUGCGCUACCGAUGGAAGAAGGCGCCUAUAACUUUGAUCCAAUAGUGGAAGAAGCCGAAUAUUACUUGAAACUGUAUUGAGACUUAUGUCAAUAACACUUAGUCGGUUUGUUUGUGUUUAAAAUUUUAUUAACCAAAAAAAAAUGAGUUCCUUUCAGAGCUAAGU